UCAUCUUACUUUAAAAAUUUGAAAAAAGACAUCUGCGGUCUCUUUAUGCCGGUUGUUUAUCUAUCUCAACAGAUUUUUCAGAAAUUAUUGGACGUAAUUUCAUUAAUAUGACUGAUUUACCUUAUCAAGUUGAAUAUGCAAAGUCAGGAAGAGCUUCUUGUAAAGGCUGUAAAGAAAAAAUUGAUCAAGGCUUAUUACGCAUCGCUAGGAUGGUUCAGUCUGCAUUUCAUGAUGGAAAACAACCAAAUUGGUAUCAUGAGGAUUGCUUUUUCACAAAACAACGUCCGGCAAGUGUGGAUGAAAUUUCUAAUUUUAAUAAAUUGAAGAGUUCAGAUCAAAAGAAACUUCAGAGUAGGAUUGAGGACAAUAGUAGUGGUGUAGUUUUACCAAGUGAAGAAACCAAAGGAAAGAAAAGAAAGGCUGGCAAAUCAUCUGAAGCAGCCAGUGGUGCUGUGAAAGAUUUUGCUGUAGAAUACUCUAAAAGCAGCAGGGCAACAUGCAAACAUUGUGAAAUAAAGAUAUGCAAGGGAGAAGUUCGUAUAUCCAAAACAGUAUUUGAUACUGAAAUAGGUGCUAAGUAUGGAGGGCAGCCACUGUGGCACCAUGUGAAAUGUUUUGCUGAGGCCCGAAGUGAAUUGUUGUACUUUGCAGGGGGAGAGAGUCUUCCAGGUUUUAAGACACUCAAAAAAGAAGAUCAGAAAAUGAUUGCUGAUGAAAUAAAACCAUUCAAAUCUGAUGAAGUGCCAGUUAAAAAGUUAAAAAAUGAGCCUAAAGAUCCAGAAGAGGUUAAAGCAACAGAGAAAAAACAAAAGUUAAUUGACAAACAAAAUAAGCUGUAUCACAAGUAUAAGAAUGCUCUGGUUGAUAUAACAAAGAAAGAUUUGCAAGCCAUACUGGAGGAGAAUUCUCAAGCGUCAGAGGGACUUACCAAAAGCGAGUGUGAAGAUUCUUUAGCAGACUGUAUGGCAUUUGGUGCACUUGAGCCUUGUCCAGAAUGUAAAAAUGGGCAACUUGUGUUGGACACAUUUGGUUAUAAAUGUACAGGACAUAUAAGUGACUGGACAAAGUGUACAUAUAUGACUCAGAACCCUAAGAGAAUACCAUUACAGAUACCUAGUUUAUAUAAAAAGAACGCGCCCUUCGACAAAUAUAAACCGAAGGUGGAUAGGCGCGAGUUUAAGUCUGCGCCUCCGCCUGUUACCCUUGUCAAUAUCAAACCCGAAGCCAGUGUCAAAAAAGAAAUACGUAUCCCACCGCUAAAAAAUCUCCAGUUCUUUAUUUAUGGAAAAUUUAAAACGCCGAAAGAGGACUUAAAACACCGUAUAUUGAAACUUGGCGGGCUUGUGGUCACUAAGCUAACAGAGACAACAGCUGCCGUGGUGUCUUCUAAGAAAGAAAUCGAAAAAAUGAACGAGAAAAUGGAAGAGAUAAAAGCUGAAAGUAUAGAGGUUAUAGACGAAUCAUUUUUCGAUUUAAUCGACCCUGAAAAUGGUACAGUUAAGGAUACUUUACGUCUCAUCAAAGAAAACAAUAUUGCCGAUUGGGGUUCUGACCCUGCGACUCGUAUUCCUCAAGAUGUUAUUGAUGGGAAAUCGAUUCCAAAAUCUGGUAGUAUGUAUGUGAAAUCUUCAAAAUCAACUUCGGUAAAACUGAAAAUUCAAGAUGGAACCGCAGUGGAUCCUGAUUCAGGUUUAGUAGAUUGUGCACAUGUGUACAAAGACAGUGAUGGCGCUAAAUACACUGUCGUCUUGUCCAAGACUGAUAUAGUUACACAGAAGAACUCGUACUAUAAAUUGCAGCUGUUGGAAAGCGAUAAUAAAAACAAUUUCUGGGUGUUCCGAUCCUGGGGUCGCAUCGGCACAACUAUCGGCGGUAAUAAAGUGCAAAACUUUAAAACGUUGCACGAGGCAAAGAAGGAUUUCUGCUUCUAUUACUCGGAGAAAACGCAAAAUGAUUGGGAAGAUAGGGACGAUUUCGUAAAGGUACCCGGAUGUUACUACCCUCUAGAUGUCGAUUAUGGAGACAGCGAAGAGACAAAUAACAAAUCACGCGAAAUGACAAUCGAUAAGAAUUCUUCACUACCGAUUCCUGUUCAAAAACUUAUACAGAGGAUAUUUGAUAUGGACGCCAUGAAGAAAACGUUAUUAGAAUUUGAGUUGGACACCGAGAAAAUGCCACUGGGGAAAUUGUCCCAAAAACAAAUCAAAACAGGAUAUCAGGUGCUAUCAGAAUUACUGAAAUACAUUGAAAAAGGAAAAGUUAGUCAGAAUAAAGUGAUGGAUGCCACUAACAGAUUCUUCACACUUAUACCUCACGACUUUGGAAUGAAUAAUGCACCGUUGCUGGACAACACCGAUAUUAUAAAGUCCAAAUGUGAAAUGUUGGAUAAUAUGUUGGAAAUAGAAAUAGCUUAUAGUAUGCUGAGCGCAGAUAAGAACGCAACAGAAGUAAGCCCACUGGAAGGUUGUUACCGUAAACUGAAGACUGAAAUAGUACCGUUAGAUGUUAACUCUGAGGAAUAUCAGAUGAUAUCCGAGUACACGAAGAACACACAUGCGGCCACUCACUCUUCAUAUAAAUUACAAAUUCAGCAGGUAUUUAAAGUAGUCCGCGAGGGAGAAGAUAAAAGAUACAAACCAUUUAAGAAGUUACAUAACCGUCGCUUGCUGUGGCACGGGUCGCGUGUUACCAACUUCGCAGGGAUAUUGUCUCAAGGUCUUCGUAUAGCGCCGCCCGAAGCGCCCGUCACCGGCUACAUGUUCGGCAAGGGUAUUUAUUUCGCCGACAUGGUGUCCAAAUCGGCCAACUACUGCUGCACUAACAAGCAAAAUCCUGUUGGAGUUAUGCUACUAUGUGAAGUUGCUCUUGGAAAUAUGAAGGAGUGCGACCGCGCGGAGUACGUGACGAAGCUGCCGGCCGACCGCCACUCGGUGUGGGGCCGCGGCCGCACUGAGCCCGACCCGGCACUUGCCCGUACGCUGCCCGACGGCACGCUCGUGCCGCUAGGGCCGCCCAUCACUGUCGACCGGAACGUCUCGCUGCUCUAUAACGAAUACAUCGUGUACGACGUGGCACAGGUCAACGUGAAGUACUUAAUGGAAAUGAAAUUCGACUUCAACUACUAAUUACAUUAAUGAUUGGUCUACGAAACUAAUCAUUAAGCUAAGUAUAUGAAUAAGACGUAUUCUAUUGUGAUAGGCAUCUAGCCCGUCAACUCUGCACCGCGUAAUCUAUUGAAUGCGCGAGGUUUAUCUGCUGGAAAGUCCGGGAUGUGGUUGUGCGUGUAUGGCGGAUGUGAAUAAUAUAAGACGCGCAUUUCCAGUAAUACACUACAUUUUGCAACAGGACUGCCGGACACGUUGUUUACGGUCUAUUCUGUUGGUAUUAUUUGUAACGUAUUAUGUGCUUUAUAUGAUUAUUUAAAUUGCGAUUAUUAAAUGAGAUUUGGUUCACUCACAGAAGUUGUAAUUUUAAAGGAAAAAAUCGUUAAAGAAUAUUGUGUAUUUUUCUAUUGUUAAAGACUUGAAAUUGUACUAAAACAUUCUAACUUGUGAUAUAAGCAAUAAAAAGUUGCUGCAUUUAUAUAAGGUACAUACGUGUAUUACAAUUCAUAUCAAUUAGGUCACUGAAGAUUGUUUUUUCACUUACAUAUUUCUAUACACAUAGAAGUAUGUCCCUUUAAAUCAGGCCUAUUGAUUUGAAUUGCUACAUAUUUUUUGUGUUAAUGUUUGUGCUGAAUAAUGUUUCAUGUGUUGUAUUGUUGAUUACUUUAUUCAUUAAGCAUUAAAAAUUCGUAUGUUUUUUAAUUCAAAAUAAAUGAUUUCAAAAAGGU